AUGGCGAGGGACACCGCGCAAACUCCGAUCAUCCCUCGUCCCCGGCUGCUUCAGGGCGCCGCCAGUUAUCCCUCCGAUCUCACCGCCCCCUCGCUGUCUGCGCCCUUCAAGCUCGACGAGGGUUAUUCCGAUGAAACGAGAAGCCAGCCCGACAAGGAGUUUUUGAAUUCGCCCCCCGAUGAUGUGAUGCCGCUCCCCGACUGGGUUAAUGCUUAUAGUGAGGCCGAGCGAGCCGAGCUCGCCUACAAGCUUCUACGCACCUUGCGUGCUUCCACUGUCGCCUCGGUGGUUGAAAAGCUAGCGCCUCUAUUGCACAUGGAUCCCGUGCUGAAGUUACCUCCGGAGAUCACCGCCGAGAUCUUUUCCUACCUCGACCCUCAAACGUUGGUAACAGCUUCCUUGGCAUCUCGCUCCUGGCGUAGUCGCAUUUUUGACACCCGCCUUUGGAGAGACUUAUAUAUCAGCGAAGGCUGGCGGGUCGACAUUGACGCCGUGCAUACGUACGAACAGGAACACUCGGGAUUGGAAUCCCCCCAGCUCCGAAAAUCUCGGUUGAGGCAUAUAGACCCGGAUCUCGGUGAACCGAAACAGAAGAAGCGCGUACCCCCCAGCUGGCUAGACUCUCGCGCAGCAGGAUCACUGGAUAACAAUGAGGCCGUGCAAGGAAAUGGGCUGCAGCCCUCCGCAGCGGCGGAUAUUGAAGGCGAUCAUCCCAUGAGUGAUGCGUCAAACGAUCGAGGACUGGCGAACGCAGCUGGGCAACAAUCAUCUAGCGCCCGCCAUGAGUCGUCAGGAACUGCCCAAUCGAAGUCACAUUUGCAGCAAAUUUCUACGAACUCUAGCCCCCCCAAGUCGCCACUAUUAAUUCGAAUGCCCAAUGGUGCUGCAAAGAUGAAUUGGCCGCAUCUGUAUCGGGUACGGAGGCGGCUGGAAGAGAACUGGACCAAGGGCCGUUUCACGAACUUUCAACUGCCCCAUCCGAAUCACAUGGAAGAAUCUCACCAAGAGUGUGUAUAUGCGAUCCAGUUUACCGAGAAAUGGUUGGUCAGUGGUAGUCGGGAUAAGACUGUUCGAGUAUGGGACCUGGACACGAAGCGACUAUGGCAUCCGCCUCUCCAAGGCCACUCAAAGUCGGUUCUCUGUCUUCAGUUCGACCCCCGCCCAUCUGAAGAUAUCAUUGUGUCGGGAAGCAGCGACAAGAAUGUGAUAAUUUGGCGCUUUUCCACUGGAGAGAAGCUUCACGAAAUUGCGCCAGCUCAUGAUGACUCUGUCCUGAAUCUCCGAUUCGACGAACGCUAUAUAGUAACUUGCUCCAAGGACAAGCUUAUCAAGGUCUGGAACAGGCGUCAUCUCACUCCGUUGGACAAGGACUACCCCUCUGUUUUUCAGGGCUCGGGCGUCUCCUAUCCGUCGUAUAUUGUCAACACAAGCGACGUCCCCGCUUUCGUACUUGAAGCCGAAAUCGCCAAGAAUCACAUCAGAACUUUAGCCCCAUACUCAUUGCUGAUGAUCCUUGACGGACAUACAGCCGCAGUGAAUGCUAUUCAGCUCAACGAGGAUGAGAUCGUGUCCGCCUCGGGCGAUCGCUUGAUCAAGGUCUGGAACCUGCGCAACGGCGCUUGUAGAAAGACAAUGAUAGGCCACGAAAAAGGCAUUGCGUGCGUGCAGUUCGACAGCAAACGUAUAAUCAGCGGAAGCAACGAUGAUACAGUUCGCAUUUUCGACCACGCCUCCGGUGCCGAAGUGGCCUGCCUGCACGGACAUGCCAACCUCGUUCGAACAGUUCAAGCUGGUUUCGGAGACCCACCGGGAGCCGAGGAGGCCUUACGACUGGAAGCUCUGGCUGUCGACAACGAGUUCCGUGACGCCCAGCGCACCAAUGCAAACGUUGAUCUUGGCCCUAGUGCCCUUCGGCGCGCAGGAUAUCAGCAGAACACCAACGGGUCUCGGAACCCCAGAGACAUCAAAGCACUGGGCGCCAAAAUCCCUCCAGGGGGAGGCGGAAGCCAAUGGGGACGAAUCGUCUCCGGCUCAUACGACGAGACCAUCAUCAUCUGGAAAAAGGAUAAUGAAGGCCGCUGGGUUGUAGGCCAGAGACUCCGACAGGCAGACGCCGCUGCGAAUGCCUCAUACAGCCACUUAGAUUCCGCUGCACGCCAGACAAUCGCACGAGCCAACGCCUUUGCUCAAGCGCACCAGGCGCAACAAGCCCAAGCUACCAUGGCAGCCGCCGCGAUAUCAGCAGGCGGUGGAGCACCACAGCAAGGCCAGAACCAGCAGCAUCAAACACAACCACCACGAUUGCCUACAACCAACUCCAACACCCACGACCUCUCAUCACAUAAUGCACCCUGGCCCGCGCACCUAGCCUUGAACCCGGCCCUCCUCAUCUCCAACAACCUUCCCCCCACCGUCCAGCAAAACACAUCUCAAGCUCAAGCUCAAGCUCCAGCUCCCCCGCCCAUCAUGCAUGCCGGCGCUCCAAUGAGACCACCACCACUACCACCGCAUGCUCAGCAACAACAACACCCCCGAGUGAGAGCCUUCCCUGCCGCCCCCCAUCAACCACCUACCUCGAGGAUCUUCAAGCUCCAAUUCGACGCGCACAAGAUAAUCUGCGCAAGCCAGGACCCGAGAAUAGUAGGGUGGGAUUUUACUGCUGAUGAUGAGGAACUCAAAGAAGCGUGUCAGUUCUUUACGGGGCUGUGACCGUCGUAUAUAACUAUCGUCAACGUUGGGGAAAGAUGAUGUGGUAUAAUAUUCGGUCUAAGUUAUAUUCAGUCCUAUGUGGCUCAUGAAGAUAUUCUUUUCGUUUUCUUCUUAUCAUUUCAUUUUCCAAAAUAUCUCCUUUUCAUUUCUCUUGUGCAUUAGGAGCCUGUUCUAUGUUUCUUUUUGUCUCUUUUCUUUUAUCAUUGCCCCAUGGGUGAUCUGUCUAUAUUGCAUGAGAAUCAUCUCGUUUAUUCGCCUCUUCUUGUGGAGAAUUUAUCUAUGUGUGUGG